GGGAAGGGAGGGAGUUUUACGUUGCUCCUCCUGUUAAAGAUGAGAGUAAAGGAGAACGUCAAUUUUUUUCACUGGAGAUUUGGAAUGUGGAUUUUUCUUGAUCGCGGAGUUGAUUUGACAACGAGGUUGGAACGGUUCAAAAAAAUAGUGCUGUUCGAUUUCCUUUGCUGGUUGAAACGCGCGUUUUCUUUUUUAAAAUCACCCAACGGCAACAAUCGCCGCUGGACAGAAGCCCGAGUGCAGACAACCGUCGCAGUGAGGCGACGCACAGGACAGUAGCAACGACGAGCGACGAGGGACGGAGCACCACCAGCCGGAGCAACACCAACAAACGUCAGACGACGCAGCCAACGCUGAGCCAGGAGUAGGAGCCCGACUGUAUGCCAUCACAUACAUCCACCCACCAGAACCGCCCCGCUGGCACCAACUCUUUCCGGUGUCGCGUGUGCCGUGGGAUCCACCCACUCCGGAAGUGUCAGCGAUUCCUUAGGCUGGCAGCAGAGAAACGGUUGAGAGCUGUACUCAUUAACAAGUACUGCUCCAACUGUUUGGCCCACCAACACUCCGGGCAAUCCUGCCGCAGCGCGGGAAGUUGCAGGGUGUGUCAUGGGGACCACCACACGCUGCUGCACUUUAAGGAGGCACGCGGCGCUCGCCCCAAUCGUCAGCGACGAGGCGACGACCAACCGGGCUUGACCCGGUCCCGAACCCCAACACGGCCACGGUUCCGAGCCCAAGCACGGCCACAUUCCCGAACUCCAGCACGGUCAGGUUCCCGCUCGCUGUCUCCCCCAUCGACCGACCUCACCUACGCCCGAGGGGCCUUUCCGACGUCGUUCGCGUCCUUGCUGCAGGACAAGGCUGUGAGCAUCCUUCCAACGGCCAACAUCCUAAUCGACACCGGAUGUAAGACAUUUGAGAUGCGAGCGCUGAUCGACCCGUGCACGGCGACCAGCCGUAUCAGCGCAUCAUUGGCAACGGCCUAAAGGCUAUCCGUCACCCGCGUUGGUACGGAAGGCGUCUGCACGGCGAUCAUCCGCUCGCGGACAUCCGAGUUCCGUCGAAAGGUGCUGCUGCAGGUGGAUUCUCAACUCUGCUGCCGCACCCCCCUC